AUGGACACACCUGCAGAUGUCGUUCAGUCGGUUGAAACGCCGCCUGCUGUCCAGCUCCACGAUGCCAUUCCCAAAGCUGCUCUGACGCCUCCCACGAGCGAAGACAACGACCCGAAGAGGGCGGAGAGGGCAUCGUCAGAGCUGUCUGAUGUCGAUAGCGACGAUGGCGAGGAUAUUGAGCCGGAUCACUAUUGGGAUGAGGGGAAGAUUCCUGUGUUCAAACCGACUAUGGCACAGUUCCACAACUUCAAGCGCUUCAUUGACAAGGUGGACAAGCACGGAAUGAAGUCCGGUAUUGUCAAAGUCAUUCCACCCGCAGAAUGGCGCGACUCUUUACCAGAUCUCCAUGAAGCCAUCAAGUCGAUCCGCGUCAAGAACCCAAUCACGCAGGAGUUCACAGGCCAGCAUGGUGUAUACACAGGCGCCAACGUCGAGAAGCAGCGAUCAUACAAUCUUCCGGAAUGGCGGGCAGUCACAGAUGAGCCGCAUCACCAACCGCCUGCGAAGCGAGGUGAGACUCGUGCGGGCCGCAAAGCAGAACCCCCAACGCGCACGCGAUCCACACGAGCCGCUCCGAAGACCGAUGAUGGAACGCCAGCACCGAAGCGUAAACCUGGCCGACCUGCGCGUGGACGACGAAGUGUUAAGAAAGAGGAAGUGGAAGAUGAAGAUGACGACGAAGCAGAAAAUCUCGACGUUCCUCCGACCCCUACAUCGCCCGGUGCAGAAGAUGUGAAGCCUGCAAGGCGUGGUGGUAGAGUCAAGAAAGAAGACACACCAACGAGACCUCGCGGUCGCCAACCCAGGGCCAACAACGAGAAGAUGUCCGUCUCAUCUCGACGACUGAACAACAGGGGAGCCGUGAAUGAUUACAUUGACGAGGCCGCUUUCGAGGAUUUCGACUACCAUCUAGAGGGCCUUGAAGAUUUUACCCCGGAGCGAUGCAAGGAGCUCGAAGAAAGCUAUUGGAAGACCAUCUGGUCCGGACAGCCCAUGUAUGGUGCCGACAUGCCUGGCUCACUCUUCGACGAUCGAACAACAUCAUGGAAUGUCGCCAAACUCCCCAACUUGCUUGAUGUGCUCGGGACGAAAGUACCUGGAGUCAAUACCGCGUACUUGUACCUUGGCAUGUGGAAGGCAUCGUUCGCCUGGCAUCUUGAGGAUGUUGAUCUCUACAGCAUCAAUUACAUCCACUUCGGCGCACCUAAGCAGUGGUACAGCAUCUCCCAAGAAGAUGCGCGCCGCUUCGAAGCUGCGAUGAAGAGCAUCUGGCCGAAUGAUGCUAAGAAUUGUUCCCAAUUCCUGCGACAUAAGACGUACCUCAUCUCACCGCAGCGGUUAGAGAAGGACUUCAACAUUAAGGUCAACCGCCUGGUCCAUCACGAGGGCGAGUUCGUCAUCACCUACCCUUACGGCUACCAUUCCGGGUACAACAUCGGCUACAACUGCGCAGAGUCUGUGAACUUUGCGACUGAAAGUUGGCUGAGCUAUGGCAGGAUCGCUAAGAAGUGUGACUGUGAGUCGGACAGCGUGUGGGUCGAUGUUGACGAGAUCGAGCGCAAGCUGCGCGGCGAGCCUACACCCGAGUACUACGAAGAGACCGACGAUGAAGAGGACGAAGAGGAUGGCGCCGAUCGACUACCAAGCCCGCCAGCUAGUGUUGCCGGUGGGAGGACGAAGAAGAAGCCUGGCAGGAAACCUGCCGCCAAGCGCAAGCGCGGAAAGGAUGAGCCACAGGAAGCAGCGAGGCCCCAGAAGCUCCGAAAGAUUCGCAUUCGCCUCAAGAUUCCUGGACGUGGUAUGCCAUGUAUCUUGUGUCCCAACGAUGUCGACUACGACGAUCUUCUACCGACCGACAACGGUCUGAAAGCUCACCGCAUUUGCGCCGACUACACUCCAGAAACAUACAUCCAGAACGAGACCGUAUGCAACGUCGCAAACAUUGGCAAGGACCGCUUGGAGCUCAAGUGCAACUACUGUCGCUCCAAGCGCGGUGCUGUUUUCCAGUGCUCUCAGAAGAGGUGUACUAGAGCUUUUCACGCCACGUGCGCUGUGGCUGCUGGUGUGCAGGUCGAUCUGGGCAUUAUGCAAACGUUUGAUGCAGAGGGCACGGAGUACUACUACGAUGGGUACGACUUCCGCUGCCGCUUCCACCGACCGAAGAAGAGGAACAACAAGACCGUUGAUGUCGAUGCGCUGGAGAAGAACAAGUGGAUACUCAACUACGGUAAGACCCUGAAGCCCAAGGACGUCAUCCAGUUCCAGUAUGUUGGUGGCGAGAUGUACCAGAUCUACGGAGCACAGGUUGUCGAGAAUAGGCCUGGUGAGCAGUCUGUGCUUGUGGAUGUGCUUCCUGAUGGCGACCGCGUGGAGGUUGAGUGGAAGUACAUUCUGAAGCUGCACCCAGACGAAACGCAACGUCCAAGGCCUUCCGAGAAUGCUCAAUCGCUACCGGAACAUCUCAAGGAGAACGACGCAUCCCUCGGUAUGGCCAAUCGCACAGAUGGUGUUCCUGAGUUGGGCGAUCCGUUCCAUGAUCCCAACUCCGAACACAAGUGGGCGGAGUGGAGCACCGCACCAGGAGUCAAACACAGAGUCAAAAAGGUCGACUUCAACAAAGAGAACAGGUUGUGGUACUAUCUCGGAAAGCCUUCUACCGAAGCUAAACCACAGUAUACUGAAGAUCCCACGAAGCCAAGGAACAACCCCAGGAGCAAUUUCCUGGAUACCGUCAAGCCUCCGCCUCCACCGAUUCCGACCUUCCAGCGGCAGUCGUACCCAGCUUCGUACCCCAUCCAGCCGGCGCCUCCUGGUAUGGCUCGUAUUCCUUAUCAGCAACAGGUCGCUCCUGCUGGUGGAAGACCGUACACGUACAAGCCAAAGGAUGGCAUGAUGACGACUUGGAAAUCACCUGCAUACAACCCAGAUACCCGGCAGAACCCUAAUUCGCCUGUGGCACAUCAGCCAAACGUCACCUACGACUACAGGGCUAGUCCUCAGUAUAACUACCCUCCACCUCGGCCUUUGCCGCAACAGCAUCAGUACCAGCCUUACGCGCCUCCGCCGCACAACUACUCUGCGCAAGGCUAUGCAUCAAAGGCUGCUUCGUCAGGGCCAUUGCUUGACGGGCUCGACAAAUAUGCUCACACAAACCAGUCUCAUCAGGCACUGCCUCCAUAUUCAUAUCAGACGCAAAGCAGUGCACAAGCUCCUCGUCAGCUACCUUACCCAGAUUCAAGCACGGCGCCGUAUGGCUCUCCUGCACAGCACGGUCAAGCACCACCGUCACACGGUCGUGCAUCGAUCCCAAACAUGCUGAGCACCCCAACUGGGACUCCCAAACCUCCAAUGUACGCCGUCACACCCUCCUCCUCUGUUGUUCCUGCUGCCCAAAACUCCACUGAAUACCUUGCCUACGUCAUGAAAUACCCUUACCUCAAGAACGCGUAUCUCAGGAGGCAAAAAACUUACAUUUCUCCCUAUAGUCCUGGUGGUGGAAUCGCGCCGGAAUGGAUGCCCAAGCCUCCGCAGAUCGCCAGCGGUGCAACGCCGACAUCAAUGCGCAACGGAUCGACUGGCUCGCAUGGCUACUACCCCAGCCCCAGCCCGAGCUCAAUAGCUCCGAGGCCAUCAGCGCAAUUCCAGUCCCCUGACGCGUUCCAACGAGGUCUCACACAAACCUCAUCAUCGUCCACAGGCGCUCCGAAAUGGGAGCAGAUGCUUAAGCAACUCGCCACGUCAACGGGUCCAAUCGCCACACCCUCCGCACUGACGUCGCAGACGUCGCAGACACCGCAAUACCCGCCCCUCCCGCGCUCGAGCACAAGCUACGGCAUGCUGAACGCGCCGGGCCCGUUCCAGAAACACACUUCCCCGCUUCCACAACCGGGAGAGCCACAACGGCCUAUACCAAGCCCCAUUAGUGACGACGGCAAGGGCGGUGUUGUCGCUACGAAAUCAGUCCUUCCUCCACCGCCGGCGAUACAAGCAGUGCCUGGCCAGAUGCAUAGCGCAGAGACAUGGCGGUUUUCGCAGUAA